GUCUGUGGUUUGUGCGGAAACUUCGAUGGAAUUGAAAACAAUGAUUUAGUAAGCAGCCAUAAUCAGGUGGAAAUUAACCCAAGCAACUUUGGAAACUCAUGGAAAGUGAAUCCUCUUUGUGCUGAUGCUGCAAUGUUCUCCGCUGCAGUGUCCAUGCCACUUUGCCAAGACAAUGUUUUGAAACAGGCAGCAGUAGAACACGCCUGCAGCAUCCUCAUGGGUGACAUCUUUCAAGCAUGUGAGAAACUGGUAGAUCCAACACCAUAUUACGAGAUUUGCACGUAUGACACUUGCACUUGUGAAUCAAUUGGGGAUUGUGCAUGCUUCUGCGAUUCCAUAGCAGCUUAUGCACAUGCAUGUGCACAGAAAGGAGUGAUUGUACAGUGGAGAGCAUCACAACUGUGUCCUCAGAGUUGUGAAGAGAAGAAUGAAAAAGAACUGGAGUAUGUAUGUGAAUGGAGAUACAACAGUUGUGCACCAGCUUGCCCAGCAACCUGUCAACAUCCUGAGCCCUCAAACUGCCCUCUGAAGUGUGUUGAAGGGUGCCAAGCACACUGUCCACCCGGUAAAAUUCUAAAUGAAGUAUCAGAGUCAUGUAUUGAACCCAAAGACUGUCCAGUGUGUGUGGUUGGCGGUCGCCACAUCCCACAUGGAAAGAUCAUUUUCCUGAACCAAGAUGACCCCAAAAGCUGUCAGCAAUGCCAUUGUCAAGAUCAGACUCUUCAGUGUAUUCCUUGUGUGAUAAACCAUAUACCAACGACACCCAGUCCUGCCUCGACUGAGGAGCCUACUACUCCUGAGGAAGAGGAGGAGGAGGAAGCUACAGUGCCACCAGGAACGUAUACCUGUGAGAAAGCUAUGGACUUGGUUUUCCUGGUAGAUGGCUCAUCAAAACUAUCUGAAGCUGAAUUUGAAAUUGUGAAGGAC